CAUCCUCCGCCCCGGCCCCGGGGACAUUUCUUUAGGCCUCUUUUCGGGUCUCCCGGAAGAGCCACCCGCAGAUGCUCACAGACGCUUCUGGAGAAAGGGAAGCGGCUCUUGUGUGACUGCGCGAGCGCCCCGGGGCGGGUCCUGGCAGGGAACCCACUCCUGGGCUUGGCUGGAGGGGAGGGAGGGGACAGGCGGGGCUGUCACUUCUCGAGUGUGUGACCGGCUCUGCUGGUUGUUUGAGAGGCUCCUUCACUUCGGCGAUUGCUCCCCAGCCAUGUCCGUGAUCUGGGUCCUCCUGCUUCUGAUAUUUGCCUCCAUGGCUGGACCAUCGUCUAAAGGUGAUAAUGCCCAAGGGACUGAAGUCGACUCUGAGACGCUGAAAAUGAGUAAGAAUAUUACUGAAAGGGAGGACAGGUGCCCUGAAGGCCAGCAACGUGAGCAUGCAUAUUGCUGUCAGCCAUGUCCUCCUGGCAAACGGAAAGAUGGCGACUGUACAAGCCCUGGGGGUGAAUCAAAAUGUGUGCUCUGCUCAGAGCGGGAGGAGUACACAGACAAGAGCCAUCAUUCUGAUAGAUGCAGAAGAUGUAGCGUUUGUGAUGGAGAACACGGCCUAGAAGUGGAAAAAAACUGUACCCGGACCCAGAAUACCAAGUGCAGAUGUAAACCAAACUUUUUUUGUAACACUCCUCUAUGCGAACACUGUAACCCUUGCACCACGUGUGAACAUGGAAUCAUUGAGAACUGCACACCAACCAGCAACACCAAAUGCCAAGGACCCAGAUCAUACUUACACGGCUUGUGGGCCAUCCUGAUCCUCAUUCCAAUAUCUGCACUGAUAUACAGGCAGGUGAAAAGAUGGCGCAGGAGUAAAGAGAAUGGUGACCGGAAAUCUAUAGCCUCACAUACUGAAAUAAUGCCAAUGAAUUUGACAGACGUUGACUUGAGUAAAUAUAUCACUACUAUUGCUGGACAGAUGAAAAUAACUGAAGUCAAAGAAUUCGUUCGGAAGAAUGGUAUCCAUGAAGCCAAAAUAGACGAGAUUAAGAAUGACCAUCUCCAUGACACAGCUGAACAGAAGGUCCAGCUGCUCCGUUACUGGUAUCAACAUCAUGGGAAGAGAGGCGCAUACAGCACUUUGAUUAACGGUCUCAGGAAAACCAAUCUUUGUGCUCUUGCAGACAAAAUUCAAGACAUAGUCCAGAAAGAUGUUACGAGUGAACACGAAAAUGCAGACUUUCAAAAUGAAAAUGAAAUCGUGGCCUAAAGUGAACAGCACUAACUCAGUUCUGAGAACGUACUAGGCAAUAGAAAGAUUUUUGUUUGAGUAAGUUCUUAAGAGCUGCAGGCUAUAAAUAUUGCUUGGGCUCUUUACUGGGUGUGUUUCCUCUUCUCAUUUAUUAGAUUUGUAAGGCUUAUAUAUUUACAGGCUUUGAGCAUCUCAUGAUUCUACCUUAAAGGAUGUUUAAAAUCUAGUUGGGAAGAUGGACACGGUUAAGAGUAAAUACAAUGGUGUGUUACAUAUGCAAGUAGGUGUGUACGCAAAGGACAAAAGGUUGAGAUCGUGCUCAAGUAUCAAAUGUAUAAUUCGGUAGUAUGAAUGUAAUUAAUGUGUGUGAAUACAAAUGCCUAUCCACAGGCUGACCCCCUUCCAUCAAUUAGCAGAUGGCCUCUUUUGUUGCAAUGUCACAACCACUGCCUCUAAAUUACCUCCCCAGCUCCACUGAUAAUUCUAGAGAUUUUAUCCUAUUUUUUUUAUAAACUUUGUUUACAGCUCUCAGAGGAGCCUAUUCGGGGACAGCUUGCAUACACAUCUGAGUGCAGACUUUAAUAAGGUACUACCUCGAAGAUCUUUGCACGGCUUAUUGGCAUUUCAUUGUGAAAUACUUCAAUUUUGAAUUCACAUAGAAAAGGCAAACUAAUUAUAAUGCUUGAAUAUACUUGUUUGCCAUUUUACUGGGUUGAAAUAAUCUGCUUUCUCAGGUGUCAAAACAUUUUGAUCAGGAAAGAAUUACGAGAGCAUCACCCCCUCUCUAUUUUCUCCUUGAUGUGCAUCUCGGUGGCCUAUGCACUCCCAUUCCUGGAAGUACUGCCUCAGAAACAGGUGACUCACAAAAAGCUGGGGCCGCCCUUAGAAACGUCUAGCUUGGUUCUGAGAGACCAAGGGCACUUAGAGAAGGUAGACAUGGGCAGACCCAAGUCUACCGCCAAAGCUGGUAAGGUAGAUUUGAAUUUUGCCCCGCCCCCCACAAAAUGUUCAGUAACCACCCCCCACCAUGUACUCUCUCUUGCUGCAAAAACAGCUUAUACAAGGCAAAAGUGAAAGCAUACCAGGUUUUAGGCUCUGCUGUGAUUUCCCGCAGCUUCUUAGACAAACAAGCUCCUCCCCUCACUACCACGUCUUGACUUUUACAUUUAAACACUUCUGAAAGUUUGUAUUAAAUGUGAAUUUAAAUAAAUACUAUUUAUAUUUGUAUAGUUGUAAACUGAAAAUAGGCAGAAGCUGAAGAAGAUACUUAGGACUUCGUAAAGAGCAUCCAUUGAUAGAAGAUUCUCUCCUCUUGCUUGUACGUAUAGAACAUAGGUAAAAAAUAUUUAAUUAAAAUCAUGUUUUUGGUAUUUCUGGUUAUCUCUUUUUUUUUUUUUUUUUUAGUGGGGGCUUGCUUUUUGUUUUUGUUUUCCUUUAUUUCUAACUAUUGCUAAAUGUAACCUGUUUAUAAAGCUUUAAUCCUUUCUUUGGUCUCUCAGGAGGUAUUGCCAUUUUAAAGCCAUUUUAGUAGUUAAAUAAUUCCCUGUUACUCCCAAGAAUACCCCUUCCAAACAAUAUCUAAUUAUUUAUUAUGCGAAGAUUUACUACGACAGGAGUACAUAUCAGGCACUGGAAGUGUGGAUAAGAAAGUAAAUAUUUCAAAGGGUUGGUUUUGUUGGUAAGAAAGCUAAAUAAAUAUUUUGAAAUAUUCUUUCAUGCAUACUUCCCAUUCUGGCUACUUAGUGAUCACUGGACUAUCUCUUUUUUUUAAAUUUAAUUUUAAUAAUGUAUUUUAUUUAAGUGAUUACUCCCCACAUAUUAUCAUCUCAAUAUGUAGUCAAUAUAAAAACUAUUAAUGAGAUAGUUUACAUUCUUCUUUUUCACAGUAAAGUCUUCAAAAUCUGGUUUGCAUUUUAUUUUAUUUUUUAAUUGAAGUCAGGUGGUUUGUAUUUUAUUUAUACUUAUAAGCAGCUGUCAGUUUGGACUGGCCACGUUUCAGAGGUUCAACAACCACAUGUGGCCAGUGGCUACAGCAUAGGUAGUUUGGGUCUAUCUUUGUUAGGGCUGGCAACCUGCACUCAAUGGCCGGUUUAGCCCUAUGACUAAAGUCCAGCACUUCCUGGGUCUGUUCAAUGAGGUCUUUUCACUCUGAUUGGUUGGAUCGUCCACAUCUCCGACCGCUAUGUCUGCUUUGUUCUGCUUACAGCAUCCAUAGCUGUUGUUUGCCUGGCUUUGGGAAAGUCCUCUCUCUGCAUGUGCACAUAGUAUGGGCCAAAGACUCCAGGGAAUUUCCGUACAGAUUUCUGGAUCUCUUUUGUGGGUAGCUUCCUUCUUUUCAGUACGUUGUUCUGAAAAUUCUGGCAGCCUCUGCUUCCUGAACUCCACCCUCUGCUCCUCCACUUUCACAUGAUGACUGUGCUCUUCUUAGAGUUCCUCCUGCCCUAGGAUCUGGAAGUUGCCUCUGGGCAGAAAGUCUGAGAGAUCAGAGGGCUCACCUCAUUAGUUUGUCUUCUCCAAGGGAUGGUCUGUACUGACAGUUGUCCAGUUUUCUAGUUGCAGACAGUUGGAGGGCAACUCUGGGACUAGUUAAUCUUCAUGGCCAGAAGCAGAAGUCCUACAGUCAGACCUCAUUUUAUUGAAUUUCACUUUAUUGCACUUUACAGAUAUCGUGCUUUUUACAAACUGAAAUUUUGUGGCAACCCUGCAUCGAGCAAGUUUCUUGGCAUCAUUUUUCCAACAGCAUUUGCUCACUUCAUGCACAUUUUGUUACACGGUGCCCUUUGACAGAGAUCAAGAGAGCAGAACAGAGCCCGUGGGGUUUCCUGUAGUCCGAGUGGUCAAAUGGAUCUGAGUUUUGUUAUUGGGGUGAAUCUUGAGGCCUACAGAUCUGGGAUUAAAUAUUUAUUUUUUCCGUAAUAGUAGAAACAAAUGUUUUAAUCUCUUUGAGCCUCAGUUUCCCCCUCUAUAAAACGGGAAACUUGUUUCAAUAUGUUGGGGGUUUUAUGAGGAUUAAAUAAAAUGCAUAUGAAGUAUA